CAGACCAGACGGCCAGACAGGCCUCAGACAACUCAGGAUGAUGCUGGGAUUGCAGGUUCUGCUUCUGUAAGCCGACCUCCUGUAAGGCGCCCAUCACAGGGCUCGGGCCACUUACCCAGGAGGCCAAGUAAGACACGGCGUCUUGGCACGGAAUCUGCGGCUCCAUCUUCCCCACCCAGGCGGCGCAUUUCUGCAGUGUCACCCCAGCCACCACUGGCACUAUUGGCGAGUCCACAGAGUGAUGAGCCCCGAUCACCUCAGUUAUCUGAGCCCAGCUUGAUGGCCGACGUGGACCAGCAGGGACAAGACCAACAGGCAACCAUCACACUGCAACUUACACCUGUUGACCCGAGCCAGCCAAUACAGCUGCAGGAUAUCCCCCAAGCCUCCAUGAGUCCACAACUGGCACAAGCUCCACCCCAAACACAAAUACCAGAUGACUUUUGGGCCAGUUGGACAAGCCAACAGGCCCAAAGCAAUGCCAGCCUGACCGCACAUACCCAACACCUUGCCAGUCUGCCCCAUCAUCUACCGCGCAUUAGUCGCAACUCGGGCAGACUGAUUGUACAAGUAGGCCGAAUCGCAACAUCGAUGGAGCAAAUAAGGGCUGACAACAACCAAAUGCUGGCUCAUUUAACGCGCAUCAUUGAUGAGCAACAGCGCCAUCAGAAGGCACUCGUUCAACUCAUUCAGCACAACCAGGUUGUGAAUGAGUCGUUAUCCCGGAUUGUAGCCAGCCACACUGCAACCAACACACAACUGAAUGCUAGCAUUAAUAAUUUGAGCAACAACAUAACAUUGAUGGCAGCUCAACAAGUGACCUCCAGCUCUGGGACCACGACCCCUAUCCAAACGCCAGUAACCUCCCCUGUUCGGCGUUCCUCCAGAGCACGUGCCAGUGAGCCAGCACAAAGCACAGCACCCAGCACACACAAGCGAAAAAAAUAA